GAUGAAGAAGAGGAGGAGAAGAUUGGGGAAUCUGUUUCUCAUGGAGACCAUGUUGAGACAUUCUCUACGUCCAGAGAUCAACAGCAGGAACAUCACAGAGCUAAGAGGUGUCACCACUGCCCACACUGUGAGGAGAUUUUCCCAAUUCUAUCAAAGCUAAACAUACACCUAAAAAUACACACAGGAGAGAAUCCGUAUUCCUGUACUGACUGUGGGAAGAGAUUCACAACAUCAAGGAAUCUGACAGUUCAUCAGAGUGUGCACAAUGGAGCGAAGCCUUACUCCUGUUCUGACUGUGGGAAGAGUUUUUCAAGAAUGGACUUCUUAAAAACACAUAAACGUAGACAUACAGGACUGAAGCCUUACUCCUGCUCUGAAUGUGUAAAAUUCUUCACAACAUCAGCUGAGCUAAAAGUUCAUCAGAGAACACACACAGGAGAGAAGCCUUACUCCUGCUCUGACUGUGGAAAGAUUUUCUCUCAACUUGGCCCCCUAAAAAGACAUGAACGUAUACAUACAGGAGUGAAGCCUUACUCCUGCUCUGACUGUUUAAAAUGCUUCACAACAUCAGCUGAGCUAAAAGUUCAUCAGAGAACACACACAGGAGAGAAGCCUUACUCCUGCUCUGACUGUGGAAAGACUUUCUCUCAACUGGGCCCCUUAAAAAGACAUGAACUUAUACAUACAGGAGUGAAGCCUUACUCCUGCACUGACUGUGGAAAUUGCUUCACAACAUCAGGUCAGCUAGAAGUUCAUCAGAGAACACACACAGGAGAAAAACCGUACUCCUGCUCUGACUGUGGAAAGAGUUUCUCUCUACUGUUCAACUUAAAAACACAUGAACGUAUACAUACAGGAGUGAAGCCUUACUCCUGCUCUGACUGUGUAAAAUGCUUCACAACAUCAACUGACCUAAAAGUUCACCAGAGAACACACACAGGAGAGAAGCCUUACUUUUGCGCUGACUGUGGAAAGACUUUCUCUCAACUGGGCACCUUAAAACAACAUGAACGUAUACACACAGGAGAGAAACCUUACUCCUGCUCUGACUGUGGAAAGAUUUUCUCUCAACUGGGGCCCUUAAAAAGCCACAAACUUAUACAUACAGGAGUGAAGCCUUACUCCUGCUCUGACUGUUUAAAAUGCUUCACAACAUCAGCUGAGCUAAAAGUUCAUCAGAGAACACACACAGGUGAGAAGCCGUACUCCUGCUCUGACUGUGGAAAGAGUUUCUCUCAACUGGUUCUCUUAAAAAGACAUGAACGUAUACAUACAAGAUUGAAGCCUUACUCCUGCUCUGACUGUGUAAAAUGCUUCACAACAUCAGGUCAGCUAAAGGUUCAUCAGAGAACACACACAGGAGAGAAGCCGUACUCCUGCUCUGAUUGUGGAAAGAGUUUCUCUAUACUGUGUAACUUAAAAACACAUGAACGUAUACAUACAGGAGUGAAGCCUUACUCAUGCUCUGACUGUGGAAAGAGUUUCUCUAUACUGUGUAACUUAAAAACACAUGAACGUAUACAUACAUGAGUUGUUCCUCACCGCUGAUCUGACUAGAAAAUGUUUUAAAACAGCUGAGCUAAAAGUUCAUCAGAGAACAGACACAGGAGAGAAGCCUGACUUCUGCUGUUAAUGUGGCAAGAGUAACUCAAGUAAAACUGAAAGUCACCAAGUAGAAUACCACUUGAGUAAAAGUAUUUGGUUUUAAAUAUACUUAAGUAUCAAAACUAAAAUUAUGAAUCAUUUCAAAUUUCUUAAAUGAACCUCUACGGGAUGGGUGUUCCUAAAACAGGACGGUUGUUGCUAAUGUGACUAUAAUGACAUUGUAUUCAACAGCUAACUUUCUGGGACAUAGACAUGUCUUUUAUAUGGGCAGAAAGCUUACAUUAUUGUUAAUCUAACUUCAGUGUCAAAUUAACAGUAGCUAUUACAGUGAAAAAAUAUUUUGCUAUUGUUUGAGGAGAGUGUACAACAACAACUUGUAUCAUGGCAACUGGUUUGAUACAUUCACCUCUGAAGGUAAAUAGUGUACCUACAUUCAGUAAUGUUACUCUGAUUUGUCAUCCUUAGGGUCCCAGAGAUAAAAAUGUAGCACAGUUUUGUUUGAUAAACAUUUAUUUUAUGUUAAAUGUAGGAGCUGGGUUCUACAUUUUUGAACCCCUGUUGUCUCUGGCUCCACACCUACCCCGCCCGGCCAUCUAGAUGUGUGAAAAUUAGUGUGUAAGCUAAUGAUCCAUCAUGUAUGACAUUCCUGGGAGUGUGUAAACUUAUUUUUUUUAUUAAUAUAGCAUUUUUAUAUGUUCUCUAUAGUUAUGUACUUAAAUAUAUCAAUUGACAAAUUCAGGACAUUUGGGGCGAACUCCUGGCAGACUUGAUACAGUGCAGUAAUGUAAAUUCUUCACUGGAUCAGUCAGAACCUUUGCAUACAGUGCUGCCAUCUGGUGGCAAAUCUAAAUUACACCUAGACUCCUAUCUGAAAGUAUGGCCUUUCUUGCAUUUCAAAGUUCAUGAAAAAGAAAAACA